UUCAACAAUAGAUGGAGGCACUAUCGAUUUUUGCGUGAAGGUUCCCAGGAAGCCUCACCGUGGAUAUUGUCAGUAGCCCAGUGGUGAAAAACAACUUACGGCUGCAAAACUGGACAAGCGCGGCUGGGGAAACAUUAUACAGGAAAAGCGUAUUUACAGUUUAAGUGCAAAAUGAACACCGCAACUCGCAUGUGGGACCUUAUGUAACAAAGAUCGAAUGUUUGUGGAGCAAGCUCCGUCCUUAGGGUCCGGUGCAAAACUUUUCUCCAGCGCAGAAUACAGGAGUGUGUGGUGCAUUUUGGAGAAUUAGCUAAUCAAAUUCUGAAUAUUUUGCAAGUGAUUUGGUUUCUGAAGGACGAAGUACGGAAUAUGGAACAGAACAUCUUUAGGAAACUAGGGAUUUUUUAAACAACGAAAAUCUACGGUUCUUCACAAAUUAUAUCUCUGAAGACGGAAAGGAAUUCCGGAAAAAAAGAAUAUUCUUUUUAAAAAACAUGAAACUAUACUUUUACGAGAUCAGGUCAUCGUCGUGGCCAUCAAUUUUGCUUUCAAAAUCGACAGGCCAUUAUUUUAGGAAAUGAACGAUGUUGGAAAAAGAUAAAAGGGACAGUGUUUCAUCGACCGCUUCAAUGCUCCUUGAUCCACAAGGGAAGCCAAAUCAAUUACAUAUAAAAUAAGAGGCGGGAUAGCUCGUCAGUGAAAAUAAAUUGCUUUUAUUUUUAGUUUAUAAUUAUUUAGCUUUCCAAAAAAAUUGAGGCUUUUUAUUUGUUAUCAGUUAUUUUUAGUUUUUUUUUCUUCCAGAAAAAUUCUAAGUAAUUUUUGUUGUAGUUUUAAUUAAUUAAUUAUUUGUCAAUAACAUAAAUUGAACGCUUAUUUCCCUUAAAUUUAAUGAAAUUUAAAUUUUACGUUCGCUUAAAGAAUUAUACGAGAAUAAAGAAAUUUCAGAUUUCAAAAUCUAAUAUUGGGUAGAGAAAUUUUAAAGGUCAUAAGUAUGCUAAUUUCGUAUUUAAAAUAAAUUAUAAUAUUCAUAAAAAUUUCUUAUGUUUAAUUUUUUAAUUUUAUUUUGAGAUGUUAUUUUGUGGUCUUAAAUUUAUAAAAUAAAUUUAAAUUCUCUGAUAACCAAUUUUCUUAAUGCCAUUUCAAUUUUAAUAUUAGUGUAAAAAUAAAGAGCAUUUACAAUAAAAAUGCUCACAAUAGAUACACGUUUACUAAAUAUAUUUUCUUCUAUGUAUUUAAGAGAUUUAAACUUUAAAUUUUGUAAAAAUAUGUAUGAGAUUAAAAUCUAACAUUAAUAGUAAUAUGAAUUUAACUAUAUCCAAUACUCUAAGGUAGUGAAGAUAGUAAUAAAUUUAAUUCCGAAACCUUAUUUAUUUGAAAAUGGUCAUGACAAAGUACUUUAUUUGGUUUUUAUUUUUAGUUGCUUGCAUGAAAUUAGUUGAAGCUUCUAAUUAUUCUCAGUGCAAAGACGGGUUAAUUUUGCCAAAAUGGACACCGACAACAAAUUUAAGUAAAGGUGAUGUAGUAGCGAGAGGCAUAAUCUACUUCAUAGCCUUAGUAUACAUAUUCGUUGGGGUCUCAAUCAUAGCAGACCGGUUUAUGGCAGCCAUUGAAGUCAUAACUUCAAAAGAAAAAGAAGUGGUCAUUAAGAAGCCAAACGGAGAAACGCAAACCAUCAGUGUACGUAUUUGGAACGAAACCGUUUCAAACUUGACACUCAUGGCACUCGGUUCAUCAGCACCAGAGAUAUUACUUUCAGUUAUUGAAGUUACAGGUCAAGGGUUCGAAGCUGGAGAUUUAGGCCCAGGAACCAUAGUGGGUAGUGCUGCCUUCAAUAUGUUUGUAAUAAUUGCAAUCUGCGUUUGGUCCAUUCCAUGCAAUGAGCACAGAAAGAUAAAACAUCUGAGGGUAUUCUUUGUGACUAUGACGUGGAGUGUUUUUGCCUAUAUAUGGUUAUACCUUAUUCUUACCUGGUCUUCCUAUGGAGUUAUAGAAGUAUGGGAGGGAAUAGUGACCUUCCUGUUUUUUCCGACCACAGUUUUAACUGCUUACAUAGCAGACCGUAGACUCCUCAUCUACAAGUACCUCUCUAAGAAGUACAGAAUGAAUAAAAGAGGGGUUAUUGUAGGAGGAGAAGGUGGGGAACCUGCUGGUGCAGUAGAAAUGGGCACUCAUGGUGUCAAAGCCAGCACCACCAAUGGACUUAAAGUUUUUGACGAAGAAGAGAACGAAGAGGUUAAAGAGUUUGAAGAACAUAGGCGAGAAUAUAUACAGUUAUUAAGAGAUCUUAGGCAUAAGAAUCCUGAGAAAACGAUGGAAGAACUAGAGCUGAUGGCUCGAGAAGAAAUCUUAGAAAAAGGACCAAAAAGUAGAGCUUUCUACCGUUUGCAAGCCACCAAAAAGCUAACCGGAGGAGGCAAUCUCAUAAAAAAGAAGCUGGAAAAGCCUGAACCAGAGAAAGAAGAAUCCAAAGAAACUAUUAAAGAUGAUGUAUGUCGUAUUUAUUUUAACCCUGCGCACUACACAGUCAUGGAAAGUGUUGGUCAAUUCGCAGUGACGGUAGUAAGAUCAGGGGAUUUAUUACAUUCUGUGUGCGUUGAUUUCGAAACAGAAGAUGGCACUGCAGAGGCUGGAUCAGAUUAUGAACCAUUAGCGGGGACAAUUAUUUUUCGUCCUGGUGAGGCACAACAACAGAUAUUUAUCACUGUCAUCGACGAUGAUAUUUUUGAAGAAGAUGAACACUUUUAUGUACGUCUUAGUAACCCAAGGUACUUAAAUCAACCAGAUGCCAUCCCUAUGAGAGCUAUGAAUGGUUCUCCAGGACAACUAGGUCCACCAAGGUUUCCAGUUGAAUUGGCGACUCCUUGCAUUGCAACCGUUAUGAUCCUAGAUGACGAUCACAGUGGAGUAUUUGGAUUCCAGGAUGUGGCUCAAGAAGUGCCAGAAUCGGUGGGAGAAUUCAGGUUGAAAGUUUCUCGUUGCAGUGGAGCCAGAGGAAGGGUGAUAAUACCUUUCCGAACUCUGGAAGGCAGUGCUAAACACGGAAGAGACUACAAACAUGUUGAAGGAAUAUUAGUUUUCGAAAACAACGAAAAUGGGAAAGAAAUUCCCAUCCAAAUAGUAGAUAAUGAAAGUUACGAAAGGGAUUCUGUGUUUUAUGUAGAAUUAGGUGACCCUAGAACAGAAGAAGAUUAUAUUAAAGAACAAUCUGGACAAAUCUUAGAUGAGCAUCGGCCCACUUCAGAGUUGACAGAAGCAGAAAAAGUUGCUUUGCUGGGCAAACCUCGUUUAGGUGAUAAUUAUAAAAUUCAACUGCGCAUUAAAGAAAGCAAGGAAUUUAAGAAUACUGUCGACAAACUGUUCGAGAAAACUAAUGUAUCCAUGACUAUUGGAACAUCAUCUUGGAAAGAACAGUUCUUAGACGUUAUUACUGUUAGUGCAGGAGACGAUGAUGAAGAUGGAGAUGAAGAAAAAAUGCCAUCUUGUUCAGAUUAUGUGAUGCAUUUCUUUACGAUAUUUUGGAAAGUUCUGUUUGCUUUUAUCCCUCCCACCGACUGUUUCGGAGGUUGGGCUUGUUUCAUCAUCAGCAUUGCCGUUAUUGGUCUUUUAACAGCUCUGGUAGGUGAUUUAGCCUCACAUUUUGGAUGUACAGUAGGCCUCAAGGAUUCAGUAACAGCUAUUUCCUUUGUAGCACUCGGUACUAGUGUACCAGAUACCUUCGCCAGUAAAGUUGCAGCUCAAAAUGACAAGUAUGCUGAUUCAUCAAUUGGAAAUGUAACCGGAAGCAAUGCCGUCAACGUCUUUCUUGGAAUCGGCAUUGCCUGGUCAAUCGCUGCUAUUUACCACGCCUCCAAAGGAGAGCCGUUCAGGGUUCAACCUGGAAACUUGGCAUUUUCUGUCACAUUAUUUUGUGUUUGUGCUUUUAUCUCUUGCACGGUUCUCAUGUUGCGUAGAAGUGCCGUGGUCGGAGGAGAACUCGGGGGUGCCAUGCGAUACAAGGCCCCUACUGUUAUUCUCUUUGUAGGAUUGUGGGUAUUUUACAUCUUCAUGUCCAGCCUUGAGGCAUACGAGGUUAUAAAAGGCUUCUAGAGAGUGGCCUACAGAAAUAAAUACGAAGUCGAUGAUGUGGAAGCUGAAGUUGAUUUCCUUCCAGAAGUUGUCGUUCUAUGUAAUGAUUCAAAAGUUAAAAAGCUUUUAAGUAUGUGCACAGAAGCACUGGAUUUCUGAGACCGAUUAUAAAGCUGCAAUAUUAUGAAAAGAGGUUGAGGAAAUGGUAGAGAAGAUUCAGUGUAUUCUCUUUUCAUUUUGCUAAAGCAAUUUCUUGAAUGUUUGGAAGCACUACUUUAAAGUUUAAUUUAACCUAUCAUCCAUACAAAAUGUCUGGAUUUCAUACAUUUGACAGACAGACAAUAAUUUUCUUGUUUCGAUCUCAUUUUGUCUGCAUUAGUGAGCGCUGGAUUAGAGCAAUUGUUGUUCUGAUUCCAAGUUUUCAAAUAUUGUUUUCCUUUCCAGAGUAUUGUUCAAGAGUAGUGGUCAUCGUAUGGGAUACUAUAAUAUACAGUUAGCACAGAACUUGAAUCAAGCAUUACUGAAGUGCAUUAUCAAGAACUUUAUUAAAAUAUGGAUAUAUUUGAUAUUUCGAACUAUAGAAAAUAGCUUUAAAAAUCGUUUGGCUUUAGUAAAUGGUAACGAUAGGAGCUUUUGAACUCAUAGAGAAUUUGAAUUUCCGAAUCUCAGUUAAAUAUUUAGUUUAGCCCACAACAUAAAAGAGCUAUCUCUAUUUGGAGUAUUAAAGAGAACAUAUUUUUAAUUUAUCAUGUUAUUUAUUUAACACAUUCUGCAAUUGAUUCCUUAUAUUUCGUGGAAUUUAAAGAGUAAAAGCUAUUAGCCUAAUUUUGUCGUGCAAUAAAUUUUCAUAAUCAGUGCCAAGGUCAACGGUUGAAGAAACCAUUUGUGGACAUGUGUGUGCCAUGUUUUUCAUUCCAAUUUCUAAUUUAAAUCUUCUAUUUGCAUUGAGAUGUUUUGCCACUGCAUUUUUUCGUGUAAAUUUUAUCUGAUUUCAUGGCAGCCGAAUCUAGUCACGUGUUAUUUCAUGGGCAGCCAUGUAAAAUCAUUAUAUUUCAAAGAUCAGACGUCUUCUCUACUUAUGAAUCGCGCCAUUUUUAGCACUCAAGUCAUUAUUGUGGAUCAUAAUUAUAAGGAGUGAUACAAAGAGGACUCAUUAUUACUGUAUGCGUCGUCGAGAUUUUAUUUACUUUGAAUGUUUAAAAACUAAAAUGUUAUUUAAUAACUAAUGUUUAACUUAUUAUUAGAUAUAUAAUUUUAAACUAUUUCUGAUUUCUUUUUUGAAUUACUUAAUUCUUUCACUUUGACAGUGAAGUGUCAACUCACUCAACUAUGAAUGUUUUGCGAAAGUGAUUAUGUGUAAAUUAUUCUUAAAAAUACUCUCUGGCGUAAAAAAUUCAUGUACAUGGGUUCUUUAACGUGCAAUCUGAUUUAUUGAUACUAUAAAAAUGUAAAACACUGUCAUGAAA